AUGGGAUUAACCAGCGACGAAGACAGUCCUAUGAAUGCAGAAACUUCAAAUUUGACUCCAAAGAAGAAAAGAUUGCAACGAGGUGGUGAUGCACUGAAAUUGGAGAUGCAUUGUCAUCGUGAUCAAAAGUUUAGAGAUGAAUGGUGCUUAAACUCACAAUAUAAAUAUUGGCUAAAACCAGUUAGUAAUGAUGUAUUUCGAGCUAAAUGUUCAAUGUGCAAUAAAGAUUUUAGAGCUGAUAUGUCAGUUAUAAAAAAAUCAUGCAAAUGGAUCUAA